CGCACUCGCGUCUUACACCGACCACCGUCUCCACAAACGAAAUCACGCUCUACUCUCCGACUUUAAAGACGAAAUUAGAAUAACACGACACAGUGAUAAGGAAAAAGAAUUACAAGUGACAGUGGGUGAAAAAAAAUAGUUUUGUGAAGUUAGUGUUGUGCAGUUUGCAUUAUUCUUGUCUUGAACAGCAACUGGUAAACACAGCCAUAAAGCCACAAAGAUGGAUGGAUUGAAUUCAAACUGUUAAGUAAUUAUAGAACAACAGUGACAUAAAAUAGUGAACCGUGUGUGUAAAAAAAGAGACAGAAUGCCCGACACACUGUCUUUGUCUGCUGGAGUCAGCCUCGGACUGCUGGCUGGCAUCGUGUCAGGAGUGUGCUACCUCGUAGCGAAUGGAAUGUCAUGGCCCAAGAACGACCGCGUCUCCGGAAGAUGCAUCACAUCAGCUCAGGACGACGGCAUCUGUCGUAGGUGCGGCGGCGACAAGCACGGUGGAGCUCUGCCCUGCAUCUGUUAUCCGAGAGAACCGGUGAAGUUCGAGUCGGGCGCGUGGUUCCUGCAGCAGAUACAGCGAGCCAUCAGCGUGAUGCCGUGGAGCAUCUCCACUGAGAAGCUCGAGCAGAUUGAGGAAGAAUCUGACGAGUACAAUGUCCCUGGCCCCAGCGAUGCCACUCGAGGGGAACUUAAGAAGAUCAGAGAAUUUCUGGAAACCAUCUCGGCUAAGUUAGCCGGCGGGCCGCUAGAGGGGACGAGAGUGGCGCCGCUCUACGACCAUCCUGCAUAUAUUCGCAUGUUCGUGCGAUACCACGCGAGGCUGCGCGGCGCUCUGACGUCACUAGGCAUUGCGCUACGAGACGCGCUCACACAUCUCCCUGCACCCCGCAAUGCGUCGCCAGCGCCCUCUGGGCACAGCGCGAGCGGAGCGCACGUGCAGCUGAAGCGGUUGGUAGCCAGGGUCGUGGAGGAGGCGGCAGCUCUGCCAGCUCUGGCCAGAUAUGCUGCUGAACCUCACACGCCAUCUAUUGAGUCUUCUACCUAUGAAGACUUACUAGCAACGGCCAUUUUAAAUAAGGUGAUAGAGCGGUACCAGAACGAGAAUGGUUCCGGUGGCCGCAGCAGUGGCAUCCAUUCGGCGAGUGCGAGCCCCACGCCCUCCGAGCGGUCCUCUCCCCGCUCUCUGCACUCACACUCCCGACACAACACAAACAUCACACCUCCACUCCAUGAAGAAGACGACGUGUCUGACUGGGAGGAGGGGGAUGCCACCGAUGAAGCCUUAGAGGUGCCGCGGCGCGUACCCUUCCCUGAGUUCGGAGGAGACAUAGUGCAUAACACAGAUAAUGAGGACCGAGAGUUCGACGAAGUUUCCAGUAGCGACCUGCAGGCAGUCGACGGCACCUGGGAAGAGAACUGGCUCUUCCAGAAAAAGAAAAUCAAGACCAUACAGUCGGUGCCCGUGCCUAUGCUGGUCCCUAACUCCAACACAGAGUACAGAGCGCUGAUCGGUGAUAGAGACGCUGACGACACUACAGAUCUAUCGGACAAUGCGAGUGACUCUGAAGAACAAGCAGAAUACAAGAGUGACAUGAAGAAAGUUCUGGACUCUAAACACGUUAUAGGAGGUAAACCUAAAGUUGAAGAAUGUGACUUUGAACCAGACAGUCUCACCAUUAUCGAUGGAGUUGAUGAAGACUUUGACAAACUUGUUGAGAAAAUAGAUGAUGAUGAAGCAGUAGACGCAAUCAUUAACGAAAUCAAUGAUAACAAAGUUACUAUUGUGGAGACAAGUAACGUAAGCACAGUAGAUCAAGCCGAUGGUGGCAAGUUAUUGAUUUCUAUCGACAGUGGACCAUUAACAAAAGCAGAAUUUGCAGUAAAUGAAGAAAUCCACAGAACACUACUGAAUGGGAAUACGGAAGAAUUUAUGAAUGACUUGAGUGUUAAAACGAAUGGUGAUAUAUUACACAAUGGACAUGUAGAAGUAAACAACGUCGACAGCUUCACUAACAACAAAGAAUCAUCGAAUACUCUGAGUCAGCACGAGCGCGAGGGAGAGUACGAGGAGACGGUGACGGUGCCCGUGCAGCGGUACGCGGACAGUCUGCGCAGGAAGCACUUCGAUGACGGACCCCAGGAGAUUCCCACUCGUGAUACAGAUCAAGAUGACUUGAUACCAGGUUCAAUAGCUUACAGAGAGCGUAAGAAAUGGCUGAACUAUGUAGAGAUGCCAAACAACCCUUACUCACCAGAAGCCAUUCAGAAACGACUAUCAGCCAAGAACACAUCAUCCCUGUUCGACAUGUUCACAGCUAAGAAGGAAGCAGAUGAUGACAAAAUGGAAAUAAACGAUAAUGACGCAGAUGAAGGAGAAAUCGAAAUACAUGAUCUUCCAGUUAAAGAUGAGCAACACAAUAAAUUAAGUCUAACAAUGAGUAAUGAUAGUAUUAAUAGUAUCGGUAGAACUACUAAAAGCCCGUCGCCUAGGAUAUUGAAAGAUGUCAUGGCUGAGGAAAUUCCACAAUAUAAACGUUACGGGCGUGAUUAUUAUAUAAGAGAGGCCAAGGCGUCGUGCGGCGGUCGCAAAAAGACGUCCGUGGACGAGGCGAGCACGGUGUCCUCGGCGUCAAUGAAUAAGUCGACCAGUUUAGACAAUUUCGACGCAGAGUUCGCGUCGCCUGUAAGUGCCAGCAGCUCGUUGAGCGACCUCGAGGCGUCCGCCCUCCAUCACAACAUCGUCCGCAACGUCCUCAGCCCUAGGAAUGCGAGCCCCAACUUCGCUAUAAACCCCAUUUUCGAAAACCCCGAUAGACACAAUGAUAACGCUGACGAGAAUCAUGCGACAGACGAACGUUAUGUCGCUCGAAAUGCCAACGGAUUACUUAUAAAACAAUUCCACACGAUAGCGACGAACCAACACUAUACAAAGUUCGCUAACAACGAGGACAUGGCGUCGGUGACCACGACCAGUAACAACAAGGAUGAAAUUAUGAUCGAGUAUGACGACGACGCCAGCGAACACACGCUAUUCGCCGCUAAACCCGUCUACAUCGAGGACGACACAGACAGACAGUUCGAAGAAAUCAUAGAAACAGCUUCCAAAGUGCCGACAGAGCCCGCGGCCCGCGCCCCCGCGCCGCCCCCCGACACAGACGACGGACCUCUGCAACCGCUGAGCGUGGACACGUCUUACAUGAGCACGAGCAGCAUGGAGGAUUCCAUCAAAAUCUACAACGUGCAAACAGGAGAGAUUAUUAAAUGUAAGCCUGAUAACGUAUCGCCGAGCGAUGAGGCUGGCACCGACGACAACAUCGAUAGCGCUGAUAACAACAUCUCGGAACCUGAUACUGUUAGUUAUACGGAUGACGUGCCCGAAGACACUCCUGUCCAAGACAAUAAACUCUCCAAACUAGAGCUGAUUGAGUCGGAUGACAUCCUGCAGAACCUGCCCAAAGUGAAGGAGCUGGCGAAGAUAUUUGUUAGUAUGGAGAACAUCGCAGAGCCAGUCAAGCCAGUGCAACCUUACUCGGUGCGGCGGAAGAGCAAGGAGAACAUCCUGUCAGAAAGCAAACCAGAGAAGACCAAGCAGCUAUACAUGCACAGCCUCACAGCGAGGAGCAUCUCCAAAGAGUUCAGGGAGGAACUGAAACUCUCCAUGUCCACGCCACUCACCGUGCCGGGGGGCUCCAAGGAGAUCCCCGAAGGUAUUGAAGAGGUCACUAAAGAAUCUAGCAGGCCCGGCAGCCCCGUGCCAGAACCAGGCACCAUUAAAACAAAACUCGCCUUCUUCGAAAGUCUCAAGUCAAAAUUUAGUAAUAAGUGAAGCGUUUGAUAGAUUGAAAAGCGAUGCCAUAAACACAAAUUAAAUUAAGAAUUGAAUGUAGACGUUGUUCUGAACAAAUGUAUGUAAUUGUAAAUGUAUGUUACGUAAUGUACUCGCGGGGAUUAUGUUCCAAUGUGACCGAGGUUGCACUCUGCUGUCGCUUUUCAGUGUAACAAAGGUUCACUAAUCGUAGAAUCAACAAUCUCUUAGAUACCGUAUACAACGUAGCGUGAGAGAUAUUAGCAUGAUUUUCAGUUCAUUGCGUGCUGUCUAUCGCAGUAGUUUAACUACAAUUUGUUUGUGUCGUACCAAACAAGUAAUGUAGUUAAAAAACUAACCGAGGGCAGACUUCCUUGUAGUUAUACAGUAGAGUAGAGCAUAAUACCUAGUAGCGGUCACGUUAUUUAAUAAAUGGUAGGUUACGGUGUAAAUAUUAAGUGCCAUUUUGUAAUCAUUAUUUCCCAUUUAUUUAAGUUAAUUAGAAAUCGAUGGAAUAUUGCGGGAGAAAUGUGUUUGUGGAUUACAUAUUUUUUCCCUGAAAAUUGUUAAGUGGGCAUUAUUGUUGCAGCGAUUUAUUUAUUUUGACAAUAUAAGUCUUAUUUUUCAAUUAAAUACCAAUUACUGUUCUAUUUCAAUUAGUUUAGAAAUGGAGCUGUAUUCUGCUCUGAUAGAUCUUAAACUAAACUCGCCAUUGUAAACUAAUUAAAUGGGCGCUCUCGACCUCUACCAUAACUAGUGGAAAAUGUAUAUUGAUAAACCAUAUAAGCACAUUUCUUCAGCAACAUAACAUUGAGCUUAGCUAAUGCCAAAGUUGUAAAUAAAUAAUAUAACUGGGUAUAUGUAUGUACUGUGUAUACAUAGGUUGUGUACUAUUGUAUAAAUGUAAGUAGUGCAAUAAGUUUACUAGGCGGACAUUGAAUGUGAUAGACGUUUGACGGUAACUCACGCGUCGCGAAAUAUUUAUAUCAUCGUAAGAUGGAUAAGGGUGGCAUAGAAUAAAACAUUUAACGUAAA